AUGGCUGCAAAUCGCAUUCUCCUGUUUGGGGACACAUCAGAUGCUCCAGUUGCCCCAAUUCGACAACUGCUUGCAAAGUCUCGACAUUCGAAUAACACACAGCUUUUUAUACGUAAUGCCGUAGAGGCCGUCGGACAAGAGAUUCAGACGUUGCCACCGUCAGAGCGCGAUUCAAUGGGAGUGAUUCACAGUAUACAAGACUUGCAAGAGUGCCAUGAAUGCAGGAGAGAUCAUAUCGGCAUUACCCGAAUGGUUUUGCCGUUUGUGGCUUGUAUUGGGGAACUUAUUUUGCAUGCAGAAAAAGAUCCGUUAUUAUUGAUGGGCAUUGAUAACUCAUCCCCAGUUAUUGCCCUAGGCAUCUGUUCAAGCAUGCUUGCAGCAGCGGCAGCCGCUGUUGCUAAUGACGUUGGUGAACUGAUUGAAGUAGCUACAUACCUGGCAGUAGUGGCUUGUCGCACAGCUGUGCAAAUUAGACUCCGAGGGAUACAGAUAGAACCUGGCAGCGGAGACUGGGCAUUCGCAGCUCUUGGUGAAGUUGUAACCCAUCUUCCUUUGAUUUUAGAUAACUUCCACAAAGAUCAGGCAAUCCCAAAGCAUAGAGAAGCAUAUAUCGGCAUUCAAGCAACUUCUUGGGCCACUGUCUUUGGUCCACCAUCGAUAUUGGAAAAGCUCAUUGGCAGCUCUCUUGCAUUGAAAAACACCCACAUCGUGACGCUUCCUGCCUUUGGCCCUGUGCAUGCUGUUCAUUUGGGAAGUCCAAACUUUGAAUACAUGAUAGGAGAGACGCACCUUCUUCAGAAAAAGCUCAAGCCGAAUUACCAACUGAUCUCAGCGACUACGAACAGACCGUUGGUCGGCCCAAUCUUGCUAGACUUGCUACAACACUGCUUGGAGGAUAUAUUUCAACAUUGCGCCAAUCCCGAACUGGUGUUCGAGGCCGGUAUAUCUCUCCUAAACAGAGAACAGCAAACUUCUCUCUUUACCCUUGGAGACACCAGCUAUCUCCCAUUAUUCAAACGCAUGUUACAAAGGAAACGCUUAAAAGUAGCAUUGAAAACCCAAAUUUCGACUCAAGAGAUCUUCGAUAGUCAAGUUGGAUCCGAUUCAAUUGCUAUUGUUGGGAUGUCGGGUCGAUUCCCUGGGUCUGAUACCGUUGAAGAGUUAUGGGCAAGCAUCAUGGAGCGGAAAGACUUUCACAAAAAGAUUCCCUCUGACCGAUUCGACGUGGACAGUUAUUUUGACGAAGAGGGACGUGCAAAGAAUGCCAUCAUCACUCCAUAUGGUUGCUUCUUAGAGCAUCCUGGCCUCUUCGAUCACAAAUUGUUCAACGUCUCUCCUCGAGAGGCCAUCCAGAUGGAUCCUGCGCAACGCUUGCUGAUGCACACAACUUAUGAGGCACUCGAAGAUGCCGGUGUGACCACCAAUGGAAGUCGCGCAACUGAUGGGAAACGUGUCAGCACUUUCAUUGGCAUCGGAUCUGAUGACUGGAAGGAAAUGCUUGAAUCUUUGGGGGUAGACAUUCACUGGGUACAAGGCACUCAACGAGCCUUCGUGCCGGGACGUCUCUCUCACCAUUUCAAAUGGGAAGGUGCUACAACCUGUGUUGAUUCUGCUUGUGGUUCAGCGGCAACAGCAGUUGGAUUGGCAUUUAAGGCCCUCAUAAAUCGGGAUUGCGACACCGCUAUUGCCGGAGGUGCUAAUAUCAUUACUACCCCAUUCUAUCACUCCGCUCUCAGCAGAGGUGGCUUUCUGUCCCUGACAGGUGGCUGCAAAACAUUUCGGGAAGAUGCGGAUGGAUAUUGUCGAGGAGAGGCAGUUGGCGUACUAGUUUUGAAAAGAUUAGACGAUGCUCUGCAAGAUAACGAUAACGUUAUCUCAGUUAUUCGAGGCUAUGCUCGAAAUCAUUCGGCAGAGGCAACGUCUAUUACGCAUCCCCAUGCCCAAACGCAAGAGCGGCUUUAUAGAUCUCUUCUACACAAAACUGGGCUAGAGCCUCACGAUAUUGAAUACGUGGAAAUGCACGGGACUGGAACGAUUUCGGGCGAUACUACAGAGUUGGAGUCCAUUGCUAAUGUUUUAGCAAAAGCGGGCAGCCGUCAGAAGCCGCUGGUGGUUGGUGCUAUCAAGGCAAAUGUGGGACACUCGGAAGCGACAGCAGGAAUUCUAUCUUUAAUUAAAGGCGCUAUGGUGCUCCAAAAAGAGACGAUACCAGCACAAGUUGGCAUCCCCCAAAAACUAGCACAUUACCCUUGUUUGGAGAACGGUCAGGUACUUGUUCCGGGAGAUUCAAUGCCAUUUUCGUCAGUUGGUAAAGCCAAGAGGAGGCUCCUCGUCAAUAAUUUUGAUGCUGCUGGCGGCAAUAGCUGCUUCGUUCUUGAAGAGCCGCCUAAGCGUGAGACUAAAGGCUUAGAUCCACGAGAAUUCCACGUCGUCACGAUUUCAGCGCACAGUACGGCAUCGUUCGAUCAGAACAAAAGACGUAUGCUUCAAUUUCUCGAGGAAAAUGUCAACACCAGCCUGGCCAACCUUGCAUAUACGACAACUGCACGGCGGAAUCACCAUCCUUUCAGAGCUGCAUAUUGCGGAGCCAGCACUGAAGACAUUGUUGAGGCAUUGAGAAGUGACCUCAAUGGUGUGGCCGGCGUGGUUCAACAGCUCAGCAGUCCGCACAAGAACACACCAGUGGUAUUUGUCUUUAGCGGUCAGGGUGGGCACUAUGCAGGAAUGGGCAAAGAUCUCUUCAGAACUUCCGACCAGUUUCGAGGGAUAAUUGCUGAGCUAGAACAAAUUUGUGAUUCCCUAGGAUUUCCCUCGUUCGCAAAUUUGAUUGCAGAUCAAGAUACGAGGAUGGAAUCCAUCAGUAUUGUUCAACUCCAUCUAUCUCUCGUGGCUCUAGAAAUUGCUCUCACAAAACUCUGGGAGUUUUACGGCCUCAAACCGGAUAUUGUGAUGGGUCAUAGUAUCGGCGAGUAUGCCGCUCUUUGUGCUGCUGGAGUGCUUUCAAUCUUCGAUGCAUUGUAUUUGGUCGGCAAAAGAGCACAACUUCUAGAGUCCAAGUGCGUUGCAGGAACUCAUGCAAUGCUCUCAAUAUCUGGAACUGCGAAUGAAGUUUCACUAUUCCUGUCCGAGGGAGACCUCAAGGGUUGUGAAGUGUCAUGUUACAAUGGCCCCGGAAUGGCCGUCUUGAGCGGCGGGCAACAGGAGAUCCUGAUACUAGAGACACUCUUAAAAGAACGGGGACUCAAGUGCCAGAUGCUUGACAUACCGUAUGGCAUGCACUCUUGCCAGAUGGGUGCGAUAUCAUUAGAAUUUGGGGAUAUACUGGGUGGCGUGGUGUUCAGAAAACCCAAGAUCAGGAUGAUCUCAACUCUUCUUGGUCAUCAAGUCACGGAAGCAUCAUCUUUCGGAGGGGACUACCUAAUCAGGCACACAAGAGAGCCAGUGAAAUUUCAACAAGCUGUUGCCAAUUGUCUAUCCCAAGGGUUUGCAGAUGCGUCAUCGUUAUGGCUUGAUAUCGGGCCGAAUGCUUGCUGCCUGGGACUGGUUCGAGCGAAUAUCAAUGUCAAGUCUUCACAUGCCCUAGCAAGCUUGAGGAAAGGAGAAAACAAUUGGAAAACGGUUUCUGUCAACCUCGCAACUUUAUACAUGGCCAAACAACCUAUUCACUGGCGAGCGUUCCAUAACGACUUUACCAACAACUUGUCGCAUGUUGACCUUCCCAAGUAUGCCUUUGAUACGAGGGACUUCUGGAUCACGUACAAAAGCAAUGAUCAACUAUUACAAGCAAAUGGCUUAAUAGGAGAGAAAGAUCCAGAACCAGAACCUAUAUCGACCUGCCUUCAUCAUUGCGUGAAACGCGUAGACGAUGAGCACGAACAGUCUUCCUCUUUCACAUCGACAAUCUCACAUCCUUCUCUCACUCAAAUCAUUGAGGGCCAUAAACUUUGUGGCAUUUUUGUAUGCUCUGCCGGCGUCUUCAUUGACAUGGCUCUCACAGCAGCGCGACAUCUUAUAACUGGCGGCAAUUUCGCAGCCCCGUGUCCAGCACUCUUGGUCUGUGACUUGAAAGUUGACCAAGCCGUGGUUACCACGUCUGAGUCUCCAAAAGUUAUCCGCAUCGAGGUUACGAGGAAAAGGUACCCGGGGCCCGAAUUUUCAGUUUCAUUCAGCAACGGUCCUGGGUCACCACCUCCUGCCUUCGCUAACUGUCUUGUCCGCCUCCGAGACCAGUCGAUUUUCGAUAUUGAAACUCAAAAGCUAUCUUUUUCGAUUCGGCCAAAAAUCGCCCAGCUGAUGGACGCUUCUAAAGCGGAGCUCGCAGACAACAUCCGUGGCAAAGUAUUCUAUAAAUUAUUUUCCAAUCUUAUGGAAUACAGUGAUAUAUUCAAGGGCGUUGAAAGCGCGGUUGUCAGCGACGACUUCAGAGAACUUAUCGCAAUUGUCCAUCUUCCAGCAUACGACGAACGGAGACUAGACCAAAGAUUCACUUUGUCGCCGUACUGGAGUGACAUCCUUGCUCAGACUGUGGGAUUCCUUCUGAAUGGAAAUCCUGAUCAAGCUGGUGACCAUGUUUACAUUGCCACGCACAUAGAGCGCCUAGAUCUCCACGUUCGAGAUUUUUCGCCAGACGCUCGCUACCAGGUUCAUGCAUACAUCGAUCAUUCAGAUGAAUUUACUUGCCGAGGAAACGCAUAUAUACUUUACGAGGACAUCGUUGUAGGUCUUUUGGAGGGCCUGCGAUUCCGGAGAAUGACGCGGAAAACUCUUCUUCAUUCACUUGGAAAGGUCAACGCUCCACAGAUCAAAAAUGGUCCCCAAGGCAAGACCUCGGAAGCAUCGGUGAAGUCGAACAGUGGUUCAGCAGGACCUGCAGUUCUUGGGGGAGGUCACAAAGCAAAUGGGCACGCUGUAUCGCUCGCCACCACGUUCCGGCAGAUAUUGCUUGAUGAGACGAGGCUACUUGAGAGUGAAGUAGUGCCAUCUGCAUCUUUUUCCGAGCUUGGUGUAGACUCUAUCUUUAGUAUUUCUAUCUUGGCGGCAUUAAAAGCUGAGACGGGAACUGAGCUAGGCACUUCAUUUCUCACAGAAAAUCCGACGCUUGAGGAUGCUGAACGGGCGCUGCGAAUCAUUGAAAAUCAACACUCGACCUUGGCAAAUUCGAAUGCCUUGACGAAUGGGCACACGAAUGGGCAUACGAAUGGGCUUACAGAUGGGGAUGAAGCACCAAAUUCUCCGAGAGAGAGUAACAUCGUUCUACUUUCGGGUUCGGCGUGCACUCCUCCACGGACCUCUCUAUUCCUGAUAGCGGAUGGAGCCGGCUCUGCAGCGGCUUAUGUUCAUCUGCCUAAAUUCGCCAACGACCUCCAAGUCUUUGCACUUGAAUCCCCAUGGGUAAAAGACCCAAAGAAUUUCACUUGCACGUUCAGCGAAGCUGCGGAAAUGUAUUUGGUAGCCAUUCGUGCAAAACAACCUCGUGGGCCAUACCUGCUUGGAGGCUGGUCAGGUGGGAGUGUCUUUGCCUAUGAAGUUUCUCGCCUGCUGCUCGAGGCCGGUGAGAAAGUCAUCGGUUUGAUCAUCAUUGAUAUGCUCGCACCACGGCAUGUCAACCGAAGAAAAGUAGCUAUGCCGACACUUGAUAUCAUCAAGUAUAUGGGGAUGCUAAGCGGAAUUGAUCGGGUCGUAUCUGACGUUUCUGCCCUGUCGCUUCAAAUGAAGGAGCACAUGUUGGCCACAGCAAGGUGUUUUAGUCGGCUGGAUCCGACGCCCAUGGCAUCUGGUUGCCGGCCAGAUGCCACCUUUGUCAUCUGGGCCACUGAGCUUAUCGGACCUGAGUCCAGUAACGACGGGAGUAUCAACAUGAAGGGACAGAAUUUGGAGGCAUGGUUCUAUCCAUCACAACAUGACUUUGGACCCAACGGCUGGGAUGUGCUCGUAGGGGACAAAGUGGAAUGCUUUCAAACGCAAGGAGAUCACUUCUCGAUCAUGAACAUGCCAUAUGUUAAACAACUUGGCCAAAUCUUGCAGCAGGUGGUUAUCAGAUGUCUUGGUUCUGUUAGAGACCCGCGGGGCGGUCUUGAUCUCCUUCGGGAUCGGUGAGGUUGGUCUGAGGUUGC